AUGAAUAAUUCCAGCAGCCUUGAAGAUGAUGAAUUCGACGCCCCUUCUCUCUGCGAUUUCCCUCUAAAUUCCUGCGAGCCGGAGAGAAACAACGGUCAUCAUCAGCCGUUGGAUUCAUUUGAGUUCUCAAACGAUCUCAGCUCACACAGCCUCUCUCACGCAGAGGACAUCAUACACUGCGGCAAGCUCAUGCCAUACAAACAGCAACUAUCUCUUCCCUCGCCAAGACACCGCAAAUCAAACAGCUACGGAAACACGCGGAGUAGCCGCUCCUUGGAUCGCAAAAACCUACGCCGGGAUGAAAAAUCGGCCGGGUGGAAGCCGAGGUGGUAUGAUUUGACAUUCGGCUCGGCCAAAUUUCCGCCGGAGAUGGAUCUCCGAGACAUGAAAAUCCGGCAAAUUCGCCGGAGUCCGGGUGGAGAUGGAACUCCGGAAAACCGGAGAAGCGCUUGGGGUUGGGGCUAUGAUUUCCUGAGGGUGUUGAGCUGCAAAAAUCAUCCCGGUAGUGUGGCGGUUACGGCAUCCAUAGCGACUUUGAAUUAG